AUUAUGGCCAAUAUUAUUGAUUGUUUUAUUCAUUAUUGAUUGAUUAUACGAAUCAAGAACUGAGAAGGAACAAUGGUCUCAACACUUGUCUUCGCGUUAGUUGGACUUAUUUCAACCGUGAAUGGAUUGGAUAAUGGACUUGCCCGUAAGCCGCCAAUGGGCUGGAUGCAUUGGCAAAGAUUUAGGUGUCUGACAAAUUGUAAACUAUAUCCAGAUGAAUGUAUAAGUGAAAAAUUGUUCCGAGACAUGGCCGAUCGUAUGUCAUCGGAUGGGUAUCUUGCUGCUGGCUAUGAAUACAUUAUGAUCGACGAUUGUUGGUCUUCCAAAGAGAGAGAUAGUAAAGGAAGAUUGGUUCCUGAUCCUGAUAGAUUCCCAAGUGGCAUCAAAAAUUUAUCAGACUACAUACACAGUAAAGGUCUUAAAUUUGGAAUUUACGCUGAUUAUGGAACCUUAACAUGUGCUGGUUAUCCCGGUAGUAAAGAUUACCUUAAAGUUGAUGCUGAUAGAUUUGCAGAAUGGAAAGUAGAUUACUUAAAGUUUGAUGGGUGCAAGUCAAAUUGGAAAUUUAUCGAUAAAGGUUAUAUUGAAAUGGGUAAACAUUUAAACGCAACAGGCCGUCCUAUUGUUUACUCAUGUAGUUGGCCUGCCUAUCAGGAAUACAAAAACAUGAAAUCUAACUACACAGCUGUGGCUGAAACGUGUAACCUUUGGAGAAAUUGGAUCGACGUUAAUGACAGUUGGCAAAGUGUCACAUCUAUAAUAGAGUGGUUUGCCAAUAAUCAAGAUCGGCUUGCUCCAUUUUCGGCACCUGGGCACUGGAAUGAUCCCGAUAUGCUUGUGAUUGGAAAUUUUGGAUUGAGUUUUGAACAGAGCAAAGGACAGAUGUCAGUUUGGUCGGUAAUGGCGGCACCAUUGAUAAUGUCAGUUGAUUUAAGAACGAUUGAGCCUAAAUUUAGAGCAAUUCUUCUCAACAAAGAUGCAAUUGCUGUGAAUCAAGAUCCCUUAGGUGAAAUGGGUCGGCUAGUGCUAAAGAAAGACGGCAUUUAUGUAUGGAAGAAGCAGCUAACAUCUAAAGGUAAUGGUAGAAAACGUCACGCUAUUGCCGUACUAAGCCAAAGAACCGAUGGGUUCAUAUAUAGAUUUGAGUUUACUUUAAAGGAAUUGAAUAUUACUAGUCCAAAUGGAUUCUUUAUAAAGGACAUUUUUGAUGAAGGUAAAUCUGUGGCAUCCAUAAAAGAUGAUGAAAAGUUCGUCCUAAGAAUGGCACCUACAGGGGGUACUUUGUUGGUGGCAACUCCCAAAAAAUAAACAAACAAGGAUUUGCUUGAUUACCAAAAUGUUAAAUAGUUUUUAGUUAUUUUAUAAAUAAAUUAUUUUGUUGCAUA